UAUGGAUUGGUUCUUCUUUUUCAAACUAUCUGAUGCUUCAAAAACAGUCAAGUUGAAAACAAUAAGGCUUCUGUCAGUAAAAUAACUGACAGAUUCGAAAAAAUCUUAGCAAAAAAACUAAAUUCACAGUUUUAUUUCAAACCAAUUUAAAAGGUGCAAUAAAUAAAAAGUGUUAAAAAAAUUACUUGUGUUCAAAAGGAUAUAGUUCAAAAUAUAAAAUCCCAAGCUACAAAAUAAGCCAAAAAAGAAUCAAAAGUAAAAAAUGCAAGACGACAAAACAAAUGAUGAUAAAUAAGAAGAAAUGAAAGAGAGUAAAGCUAUUUAUGUGACUAAACGUGAUAUAAAACUUGAAUUAAAUAGAGAAUAUAGAUUUUGCGCCAACAACAACGCAAAAGACAGGGAUUUUUCGCCCGUGUCUACAAGAUGUGAACAGAAAACUCAUGAAGUGGGUUGCCAAUAUAAUUCUAAGCGGGAUAACGUGAUAUGCACAUGUAAAAACCUUGGUAUACUUAAAAAGAGACAAGAAGUCCGAUACUUUGGAUUGCCAAAUCAAACGUACGCUUACCAAGGUUCUAAGAGUUAUACUGAGAUAGGGGUGGGCAGCGUGAAGGCGCUACAAAGAAAGAAAGUUAAGAAAAUCUAUUUGCCUGAAACUGACGACAUUGGUGUUGGCAGUUCUGACCUUUGUUCGUUUUUGUUACGAAGAAAUAGACAACGCAGUCAAAAUUGUUAUUAUGAAAGUAAAAGAACAUCGUCAAAGUGUGUGGGCGGUUUUAUAGACUUUAAGACUAAUAGUGUCUUGAGCGAGAAGUUGUCCCCUAUAGUGCAGACUAUAUCGGGAGCCACUAGCCCCAGACAUUCGAGAUUCAACAGGAACAUUGAAAUAGGAAGCAACACUGUCGUUAAAAGUCUAACAAACACAACAACACAAGUCGAAGAAACUAUAGAAAAGGAUACUGAAACAAAACCUGAAAACAACAUUGAAGAUAUAUUACAAUCCAUAAUUUUUCAGGAAGAACCAGAGGACAUGCAAAAUAAAAAAGUGGAUUCAUACAAACCUAUGGAAAGGAACGAAUUGCCCCCAAAUCAAGUAUAUUCUUCAGAUUCUUUAGAACAACAUGUACAUGACCUUGAAAAUCCAAGUGAUGAUAAACUGAGCCGUUUCUCCGUAGAUACUGAGGACCCUAUGGAGAACAAGCUCGAGAGAGAAUACAGGAGAAUAUUUGCAGCCAAAUCUAAGUCUAGAGAUACUAAACCAACUGCUGAGGGACCCGUUCCAGAUUUUAAAAGCGCUUCAACCACAUUAAGACAAAGAUUCGAAGCUCUGAGGCGAGGUUUGACGAAGAAGGAAGAUUCUAAGAAGAAUUCUAUUAUUGUGAAUAAAGUGCCUAGCCAAAAUAGUGCAGCGAGCCAUAAGGAUGUGUCAAUAAAUUCAGAUCCACCAUCUCUAGAAGGAAGAUCGUAUUCAAAUACGAGAACGUAUACCCCAGUAUCUCCAUCAUGUAGUCGAGAAAAACCUGUCUUCCAUCCCAGGACUUCACAUUAUAGAAGAUCAGUUACUGGCCCCAAAAAGGAGAGAGGUAGUGAUCAGUGGUCAUUAAGACCGGAUGACGAUGACAGCGAAUGCCAAGGUGUGAAAGGCAUGUUCAAAAUAUGGGGCAAAAAAUUCAACUUGGAAGAAGAGCAUUACAAGAGACCAUGCACUCCCAUACCAUCUUUUAACACCCCAAAGAAACCCACAGGAACAACAAAGAAGAUUCAAGAAUCUAAAGGAGACAUGAAAGCAGAUGCCCCUAAAAAAAAUGCGGCAGAGAAGAAAGAGGGCCGAAAGUUCUUCUUCUUUAAAAAGAAAAAUAAAGACAAGUCUCAAAAAACGAAGAAAGGCCUUACUACUGGUCGUUGUGAGGUAAGAGAAGGCUUGGUGAUUAAGAUAGCUGGCAACAAUCUUGUUCGAGAGGACGCUGCGGAUAAACCAGAAAAAGUAGAGGAACCAGCACCCGCACCUGAAGCUUACGAGGAAAUGGCGAGAAGAGCAUGGCUUAAGAAAUUCCUUUCGAGUAAUAUUGAGUCACGGAAUAGUGUCAAAGUACGUUGGAAUAACAAAACCUACCGCCGAAGCAGUAGUACGGUCUUUGAAUUGAUGGAUAAUGUUUACAAAGACACUGGAGUCGUUUUUAGAUCAAAAAGCCAAGUGAACGCUGAGCCAUCAUACAAGUCUUAUACAAAACAACAUGUAAACUUUGUCCAACAAAACAUUGAAGCUUGGAUGAUACCAAAAACUGUAACUGAUAAGCCAAAGCUUAUUUUAGGCAAAUCGAAGUGUAAAUCAAACGAAGAUAGAAACGAUAAUAUGGAAGUUAGAAUUUCAGAUCAAAAAUGGUUCAUCGACAAAUCUAAAGCAUUUUCCCAUAAAAUAGAAGUGGUUUUACAUUCGAAAAAUUUUAGAAAACUUAAUAGGGCGGAAAGUUCUGAUUAUUUAAGGAUUGAUAUUCCUAAAGGUUUCUUUGUCGAUUCUAGUAGUGAUGAACAUAACAGACAUCCUACUAACCAAUCUAGCGAUGAGGAAGUGUAUAAAAUUGUUGAAUAUGAAACUGCAAGUGACUUGAAAAAGCAGAAAGCUCGUUCUUUCGACACAGGAGAUUAUGUACAAAAUAAUAUAAAAGUAACCGUUAGCGUGCAAGGAAGUAAAGAUGGUGCUUUGAAGAUUUUGGAUCCUGAAAAGCCGCCGGUAAGCAGAGAUGUGGUGAUACAAGGCAGCAAUGUGUAUAUACCGAAGAGAUGCGACGUGAUUGGUGUAGGAAUCAUCACGCAGAGGGAAAUGAGAGAAAUACGCAAGCCAAUCUUGAAAAUCGCAGAUGACUAUACCGACGAAGAUUCAGAACAUAACGUUCUCAAACCACAACAGAAGAAAUGCGAGUUUGCCGAGAGUUACCUACAAGAGUAUUACCGUAACUGGACUCCUCUGGGCUUGGAUUUGUACUCGUGGUGUGUCAGUGACUCCCAUUUGAGGUGCUGCUCAGAAAGCUCAAAGACGAGCUUCAAUAACCAAGGCGUAGGAACUAAAUCUUGUCCUAACAUUUAUGACGACUUUCAAACAUCUACCAUCAUUUCAUCUUGUGGAGCUUCGUCUUGUAGCCAAUGCCACAAUCACGAGGGAGAUGAUAAGCCCCCUGAUAAAUUUUCAUGGUUCGGAAAAUUGUUAAAAAAAUCUGCUAAUAAUAAUAAUAAAAAGGUCACUAGUCAAAACGUACACAAUAGUAAAAAGGUUACAAGUCGAGACGUACAAAAUAAUAAAAAAGAGGAGUCGUUACCACCGUGUAGAAGAGACAUCAUCCGAACAGUAUUGCCCAAAGACUCAGUCGAAGUUUUUAAAAGGAGGAAGAUAUAUGCUAACAGCAAUAAAUCCAAAUGGACUGGACCUUGUCCAGAAAUCUGUCUACCGUACUCAACGCCAAGUAAUGAGAGCAAAAGUGCUCAGAACACUUUAAGUGAAUGCCCGAAGCUGAUGAAGCCUUGUUGUAAGGUAACUGAGCCUAAACCGAGACCAAAGUCAUGCAAGAAGCAUGUUUCCCUCCCUGACUGUGAUGCGAUGAAUGAAUUGUUAGCAAAGCAGCUUGCAGAGAUGCCAGAAGGCAUUCUAGCGUUCAAAAGCGGUACGGCUCCUUGUCCCAAGCAUGCGAAAGUGAAUCUAGACCCUCCUUGCGAGAUACCGCGACAACCGUGCAGAGAUGAUUGUGAGAUGAUGGACAAUCCUCCAUGCGCAAAUUCGACCGUACCCUGUGAUGAUACACCACCGUGUCCUGCCGCUGGCCCACCGUCGUGUCCUGCAUCCCGCCCACCACCGUGUCCUAGCAAAAAAUCGUGCCCUACAUCUCUUCCACCACCAUGUCCUGGAGACAGCUCACCGCCGUGUCCUGGCUCACCGCCGUGUCUUGGAUCUCGCCUAUCGUCAUGUCCUGCAUCUUGCCCACCGUCCUGUCCUGCAUCUCGCCCACCGUCCUGUCCUACAUCUCGUCCACCAUCCUGUCCUGCAUCUCGACCACCAUCCUGUCCUCCAUCUCGCCCACCGUCGUGUCCUCCAUCUCGCCCACCGUCGUGUCCACCCACCCCUCCGCUUUGCAUUAAAGUCUCUUCGUGCCCAACGACUCCUCCUUUUAACAGAUCUCACCAAUCUCCCCCAAAAUAUUGCAGGAAACCGACAACUUGUCCCCCAAAGCCACCUCCACCUUGUUUUACGAUGUCCCCACCAUGCCCUCCAGCCCCUCAACCUUGUAGGCAACAACCCCAACUAGGUCCCCCAAAGCCACCGCCUAGUCCCCCAAGACAACCGUAUUGUCCCCCAAAGCCUUGCAAAGAAUCACAACCUUAUGAACCACCGCCACCGCCUAGUCCCCCAAGGCAACCGUAUUGUCCCCCAAAGCCUUGCAAAGAAUCACAACCUUAUGUCCCACCGCCACCGCCUGAUCCCCAAGGCAACCGUAUUCCUUGCAAACAAUCACAACCUUAUGUCCCACCGGCACCGCCUAGUCCCCCAAGGCAACCGUAUUGUCCCCCAAAGCCUUGCAAACAAUCACAACCUUAUGCCCCACCGCCGCCGCCUAGUCCCCCAAGGCAACCGUAUUGUCCCCCAAAGCCUUGCAAACAAUCACAACCUUAUCGCCAAUCACCACCGCCUAGUCCCCCAAGGCAACCGUAUUGCCCCCCAAAGCCUUGCGAAGAAUCACAACCUUACCAAGAAUCGCCACCGCCUAGUCCCCCAAGGCAACAGUAUUGUCCCCCAAAGCCUUGCAAACGACCACAACCUUAUCCACAAUCGCCACCGUCUUGUCCCCUAACGCCACCGUCUUGUACUUCGACGAUGUCUUGUCCUUUUUCUCCUCCAACAUAUGAGGAACCUCCCCAAUAUGCUCAAAAACCUUGCAAGAAACCGCAACAGUCUUAUCCCUCAACACCGCCAUCUUGUCCGUCGACAGUGUCUUGCCCUGCUUCUCCUUCUUCGCCUCCAACAUAUAAGAAGAGUCCUCCAUAUCCCCCAAAACCUCACAAGAGACAGCCACCUCGUUCCUCAUCGCCGCCGUCUUAUCCCUCAACGGCACCAUCUUGUCCCUCGCUGCCACCGUCCCGGCCCCCGACUCCUCCAAAUCGUAGGAGGACUCCGUUACCGCGUCCAUCACCACCUCCACAACGUCGACAAUCUCCCCCUAGAUAUCAGAAUUCACCGCAACCAUCAUGUCCACCGAACCCUCCAUGUAAAACAAGAGGAGGUUAUCCACAAUCCCCGCCUGUCGGCUACAACCAGCCUUCCCCUUGUUAUUCAUGUACGUCACCCCUGUCGUGUCUGAAGAAGACAAGCCGCCCUUCAACGCCUACCCAGUGUAAGAAGCAUUCCUGCCAGCCGUCAACGCCUCCACCGUGUAAGAAAAAACCAAGCUGUCCAUCAGCUCGUCCGCUAUGUAAAAAACCUGCGAGUUCGUCACCUCCUCCGUCAUGUAAGAAACCUCCAUGUUGUUCAACUCCUCCUCCUUCAUGUAAAAAACCUCCAAGUUGCCCAACUCCUCCCCCAUGCAAAAAACCUUCAAAAUGUCCCCCAACUCCACCUCCAUGCAAGAAACCCCCAACUCCCCUCCGUGCAAAACCCCAACUCCCUCCGUGCAAAAAACCCCCAACACCCCCUCCGUGCAAAAAACCACCAAAAUGUCCAACACCUCCUCCUCCAUCCUCCCAGUUGUCCCCCAAGUCCUCCUCCGUGAAGCCCCCACUUGUCCCCCGAGUCCUCCUCCGUGUAAGAAGCCCCCACUUGUCCCCGAGCCCUCCUCCGUGUAAGAAGCCAUCAUGUCCCCACGAUCCUCCGUGCAAAAAGAAGCCACCCUGUCCUGGUUCUCCUCCACCAUGUCCGUCGCCUCCGCGCGAUAAAAAACCACCGCCGCCAUGCCCACCCACUCCGCCUGUCUCCCAAAAACUGCCCCGAUCACCCCCAUCAUGUCCACAAAUCUGUCUCGACUCGUGCCCUCCUUCAACGCCGAAGUGUCCUGUCUCACCCACUCCAUGUCCCUACGUUCAACCAUGUCCUUGCACUCCGUCGGUGUGUUCGCAGCCGCCACCAACUGCUGCCAACCCCAUACCUUGUCCUCAUGCCCCACUUCAUUCCCACACCGCACCCUGUCCCCACGCUCCGCGGUGUCCCUUCGCGCCACCAUGUGACUACUCACUACCAUGUCCCCACGCCCCGCCGUGUCCUCAACCUCCACCGUGUUACCCUCCCCCGCCUUGUACCCCGCCCCCGGAUCCUGCUCCUCCUAAGUGUCCUCACACCCCACCGUGUCCAAAAGCCCAACCAUGUCCCGGCACGCCGCCGUGUCCCAAAUGCCCACCACGUCCUCAAACUCCGCCAUGUCCUCAAACUCCGCCAUGUCCUCCUCCACCGUGUCCCCCCACGCCGCCGUGUCAGAAAUGCCCAACUUGUCCUCACACGCCACCGUGUCCAAAAUGCCCAACUUGUCCCCAUGUACCACCGUGUCCAAAGUGUCCCCACUCGCCACCAUGUCCGAAAUGCCCAACGUGUCCUCAACCGCCACCGUGUCCUCACACCCCACCUUGUCCAAACUGCCCAACUUGUCCCCAUGUACCACCGCCUCCAAAAUGCCCAAUAUGUUCAAACACGCCGCCAUGUCCAAACACGCCACCUUGUCCAAAAUGCCCAACGUGUCCUAACCCGCCACCGUGUCCAAAAUGCCCGCCGUGUCCCCACACGCCACCGUGUCCAUAUUGCCAAACGCCACCAUGUCCGAAAUGCCCAAAGUGUCCUCAUACGCCACCGUGUCCAAAAUGUGCAACAGCUAACACGCCACCGUGUCCAAAAUGCGCAACAGCUAACACGCCACCGUGUCCAAAAUGCGCAACAGCUAACACGCCACCGUGUCCCAAAUGCCAAAAGAUGCCCAAAUCCCCACCAUGUACUAAAACCCCGCCAUGUCCUGCGAUGUCACCGUCCGCCCCACCCUGUCAGCGGCCACCGGCCUGUCCCCACACACCACCGUGCACGACACUGCAGUUAUCCUCAUCACCACCGAGCGAUGGUCCUGAUGAUAAAUCCCCUUUUGCGUCCCCAUCCUGUCCAGCAUCACGUCCGUCAUGUUUUUCUGUAAGCUCACAAUGUCCCGAACCACCACCACCCUGUAAAAAAACGUCAAGUGGUUUGGGCAAAAAGAUAUCUCCGUUCUUCAAAAGGAAGACAAGUAAAGGUUCAGGUCAUCGCAAACAUAAAGGAACUAAGGACUGUCAAAAUACAUGUCAGCAUUCGCCAUGCAACACAUGUGUACCAUCCCCUUGCAGAAACUAUUCAGCUACGUCAUGUUCGUUUGGCUCCAUCUCUAGGUCACCUGAAGCACCAUUCGUUUAUUCUCCUAUUCAUCCAUGUCCCAUUGAACCUGAAAAACCAAAGAAGGCACCACUGCCAUGCGAUUCAUCUCCUUGCAAUAAGAGACAUUCUAAAAAUAAAUCCCGUUCACGUGACGAAUAUAAGAAUCCCAACUCAAUUAAAUCGGGACGACGAACCGGUGAAAAUCAGCAAUGCGAUGAUUUUCCCUGGCCUACAAAAAAUCAGAUUUCUAAUCAGUCGUCAAUCACAUCUCUAUUCCGUACCAAGAAUGAACCCGCAGAAACAUUAGUUUACGGGCAAUGUAAGAAAGACUGCCCAAUGAUGCCUCGAUUGUCUUGCAACACGAUACUUUCACCUGAAAAGGAAUGCACUCAGCAAACCUGUCCAAAUAAACCGGGAUCACCACCAAUGUUGCCUAGAUUGUCUUGUAGCACGAUACCUUCACCUAAACAGGAAUGCAAGAAAAGCUGUCCAAAUAAACAGGGAUCACUAUGUCCUCCUUCUAUACCGGAAAUGCAGUGCCCCCAGCCCAGGCCACCACCAGCACCCACAGUACUUCAAAAACCACACACGUUGGGACCUGAAAAUCCUAGAUGCAGAUCUAGAAUAGGUGGCCUGUCUCUUAAAAUGAUGCCCUAUAGAAAACCAACAUGUUCCAAAGAUUGCCCAGCUUGGCAAAGUACACCCGGUGAUGACGGCUGUAUUAGUCUCAAUUCCGAAGAAAAAAUAACGAUUAGAUUAAAGAAAGAAAAUCCUAGCACAAUUGAGCUUAGAGAAGGUAUGAAUAUAAAAGUGCAAGACGAAGACGGAAUGACCUUAUUUGAGAGAAAAGAUUACAGGCUACAGCAUGCCGAUUGCACUAUUCAGCGGCCGUCGUUACUAGGUGAAAUGUUCAAGGCUUCAGAAGUACGAAGACUAACUACUAACAACUCUGUGCAAGCUUUUGUGGCUGAUAACAACUCUUUAAAAGGAAUGACAGAAAUUAAAAGCGAAUCUAGUAUUGCGAACCUUAUAGAAAUUCAGUUCAAAUUAAAAGUCACACAAGGUGAGAAAACCACCGAAAUCAAUAUAGCGAAUGAUGGUGACAGGGAAAACGAAAUAGAAGACAACAUAGAGCGUAGCGAAGGCAUCAAACAAAUGCCCCAAGAAGUUUUCGUUAUGAAUAACGAGGGCGAAAGAAUUGCAGACCAUUCAGACCGAAAGAACGAUCUGAAUAUACGUAUCGUGAUAAAGAACUUCAAACCUAAAAAUGAAAAGAAAUCCGGAAGCUCAAAGAACGGUGAUUACAGUAAAGACUUUUCUGAAAAGAUCUCUGCCAAAUUCCAUAGCGUGUCAACUGGCUACAGUGACGAAUUGCAUGAUGAUAACGUUUUCUCAGUGCACAGAGCUACUAUCGAUCUUACGUCAUCAGUAGAUAAUAAGUCCAGGACGUACAGUGAAGAAAUAAUGAGUGAAACGUUGAUAGGGCUUGGGAGGGGACCUGCUACGGGAUCUUCGGAACAAUCCGUUUGUAGAUGUGUCACGGACAUGUCUGAAGGGAAAAGCGAAGAUAUGGAAGCUAAAUCAACAAGUCAAAAGUAUAGUACGACUAAAGAUAUUCAAGAGACCCUAGAUGAAACUGAUACAGAAAAAUUAACUGAUCACAAAUACGAAUAUACAGAGGAAACAGAUACUGAGAAACAAAUAAAAUAUGACACCGAAGAAACUGACACGGAAAAACAAGUUGAACCAAAAUACGAUAAUUUUAUGUCUACAGACACAGAUGAACCCAACGCAUUGUCAGGAAAAAAGAAGAGUAUAGAGGUGAUCGUUAAACCUCACACUAAAGAAGAAAAGAAGGAAAUGUUGAAACAGGUGUUUGAGAAAGCUCAAGAAACAACAGCCAAAACUAAAACCCGAAUGAGGAAGCUGCGGGAUAUGCUGAGAGUCAUUCUGACGUCAGAUAGCAGUGAUCACGAAGAAGCAAACCGACCAACGAAUGAUGUAUCAAAUGAUGUAGCUUAUGCGGCGUUAAAACCAAAUUAUUAUACUGACAGCAUGAACAAUUAUUACAGAGAGAGCCAUGAAGCAUUAACAGACGAAGAAAUAAACAAACAAGUUGUUUAUCCGACUAUAGAAAAUAGCGAUUGCACUGACAGUAACCACAGCGAUGAAUUAUCAUCUGACAAUGAAGAACAUCCAGAAGGUGGCUGCAUGUGUUGUACAGUGGCUGCUAGAUUAAAACUAGCUUCUAGGAUAGAAGGGGAAGGUUGCUGCUGUGCAAAGCCCCCAGCUAAGAAAAGCGAAGAAGUUACUUGCAAUCUUAAAAAGGAGUCGGAUUACUGCCCAUGUGAUAUGACACCCGACUACGUGGACGCCGAAACGCAAAAGUCACAGUUAUUGACAAACAAGAUGAAUAAUGCUGAUUUGUCAGCACACAAGAAUGUGAAGACUAGCACUACAGCUAGUAUUUCCAUGAAAGAAGAUGUCAAAUCAAAUUCUGGAGUUGUAAAUGUGAACGAAAGACAGCUUAGUUCUAGGAAUACGUUGUCGCGUCGUAUGGUUCAUGUUAAAGAAUGUGUUACAAGAAAAAUGACCAGGAACACGACGCUAAGUAUAUCGGAUGAAGAUAAAAUCGUAUUAGUUAGUGAUAAUUCCACCAAGUUUAAUGAUAGUUAUAGAUUAAAAGAUAAAACUGCUACGGACACGACGCAAGAGCCGCAAGGGCUUUCAAUAAUUCAUGCUUCGGACAUACUACAGUCUUACGAAACGAAGAAAGCAGUUUUAGAGAUUUAUACAGAAAAGACAGUUUCGGAUGACGGAGAAAGAUUGGUAGCGAAAUUACCGAAAUUCGUGUACGACAGAGAGAAUGAAAUUCAAACGAAUUAUGAGGCGAUGGCGUCGAAUACUUAUAAAACUGUGUGUAAAAGGAAUAUUGUAAUGAUGGCUAUUAAUAGAUAGUAGCAAAUCUAGAGGGUUUUAUUUGUCUUUAACGGAAAUCUGUGUCGACUGUUUAGGUUUUUUUUUUAUUAUUAUUUGUUUUUAUAAAUAUACGGUAUUUGUU